CCUUGGGAGGCUCCGGCUGUGCAGGAGCCCAUGGCGGGCCUGCAGGGAAUGGAGGCGUCUCAGGCCCAAGCCCUGCCUCACAGGGAGGCAGCUGAGGCCCGGCGAGAAUUUGAGUGCAGCACUGGCGGCGGGCCGGCACUGCUGUGGGACCCGGUGCGCCCUCCACAGCUGCUGGCCCAGUUACUAAGUCCCUCACUGCCAGAGGCCGGCGGCGCCAGCCGGCUGCACGGAGUGCAGGGCCCGCCAAACCCACGCCCACCCGGAACUCUCGCUGGCCCACAAGCGCGGCGCGCAACCCCGGUUCCCGCCCACGCCUCUCCCUCCACACCUCCUCUCAAGCUGAGGGAGCAAAGGGGCUCCCACAGUGCAGCGGCCGCUCAAGGGCUCCUCAGGCGCGGCCGGAGGGGGCGCCUAGGCCGAGGAGGCGCCGAGAGCGAGGGAGGGCUGCGAGCGCUGCCAGCAUGCUGUCACCUCUCAGAAUGACUGUUAUGAUCAAGAUGAGAGCUUGAAGCCCAAGCACAAGAAAAGAGAACAGUGUAUGGGAGAACAUAGAGGCAGUGCUGUGGACAUAAAUCAGAACCAGGGUGGUCCCAGUUCUGCCCUUUGAACAUGACAGUAUCCAUUCCUGGAAGGAAGGGGAGCAACAGGACAAGGGCUCUGGGAUCCUGAGGAAGUUAAAGCCAGCAGUGGUUUUGCAGCUUCCUAACUAUCUUCUGACUCCACUUAUUUUGCCUGUUGCAGAACCUUAAGGUGUCAUCUUGGAUCUUCUCAGGCAGUGACGACAAAUCUGAUGAAUCUAUUCUUGAGAUGCUAUAGUAGAUGCAGGCCAACUAACCUUUACCUCCCCUUUCUAGGUCCAAUAGCAGAAAUCUAGUAUCUUUCACUCUCCAAGGGAAUUUUCAGUGGUCUUGGAAAUUGCAUAGCCCCCAAAUGUCCUGGAUGCUACCAAUUACCAGUUUCAGACCUUUUACUAUCGCCUCUGAUGGCUUCAUCCUCACAUUUGUCUCCCUCAGUACUUCAAGGUUUCUCUCUUGUUCCUAUUACGUCUGCUACUAGCUUUGUAAAAAUACACAAUAUAUAGUGCACUAAUUUUUAUCAGACCCAAUAGCUUCAUUUAU